AUGACGCCCAACUCGAAUGCCAUGUGGAGCGACAUUAGCAGCGCCAUUGUCCAUACCAAAAACGAGCCAUUUAGCCUGGACGACGAUUACAUCUUUCCCAACGACAAGGCCGAGAUGCAGGCCGAGCUGGCCGAAUUGAAUGGCGGCGAUUUCUUGGACACCCAACAACAGCAAGCGGACACCUAUGAGCUGUUCCACAGCACACCACAGAAGCCGCCAUCUCAGUUGGGCUCGAGCUUCUCGCCGGGCAGCCAGGCAUCGCAGUCGCCACUGACGCCACCCCCACCGCCGCACGCCAGCCGCUCGCAAUACCAGCUGGUCAAGUCGCGCAACAUGCAGGAGCUGGCAAAGAAGGGCAUGGCCAUGUCCUCGCCGCCCGACCGUCACUCGCUGCUCAGCCAGACGGCCGCGCUCAGUCCGGGCGGCAGCAGCAGCGGCUUUGGCAGCGCUGCCAGCGGCAACAGCACAACAACUGCCACGGCAAACGCCAGCUCCAACCAGAGCCCCGGCCAGGUGGUCAUCACGGCAACUGCCGCCACGCCUGGCAACAUGCGCAAAUCCUUUGGCUAUCCAACUGGCGGCACCUCUGUGGAGAACUCUCAGCUAUCGCGYCUMUCGUCGUCGGCGCCUACGCAUCUGGGCUUGGAGCACAUCUGGAUGCGACGUGAGCCGCGACAGCAUUUACUCUCCACCGGCUCGCUGGCCGAGGCCGAGAGCUUCUCCUCGCUGAGCACCGGCAGCGUCUUGUCGCCCGAUGGCAUCGAUUUCUCCCAGGACGACGACGACGAUGCCUCCAGUGACAACAGCGACAACUACGAUGACUUCAGCAGCGAUAACG